AUAUAAGCCACUGGCCUCUUAAUUUCUCACAGACAGAACCCAUAUCCACUUUUCUCGACUGCUACUUUCUGCCUCAGGCUUCAAUUAGUCUCUCUUCUAUCACUUUCUCUCCUCCCACACUUAACCAUUUUCCAAUUCCAAAGCGCUCAGUUUUUUUUGGUUAUAUAAUAUGGCAGCCUUUUCAUACCACCCUGCCUUUCUCCUUGACUCAAUUUUCUUGCCCAACACUCCUUCUAACAACAUCAACAUUGAUGAUGACCAUUUCUCUCCAUCUUACCCUUCUGAGCCUUUGAUCCAGGAAGUUCAUAAUACUGAUUCAAGAGCUGUUGAAAGCAGCUGUACUGUUGAUCACAGCUCAGCAAAGGUUUCUCUCAGUGACAAUGAGCCUUCUGUGACCAAGAAACAGAGCACAGAGUCCUCAACUGUGGUGGAUAAGCUUGAAACUGGUGAGCAGGUCACUCAGAAAGUGACUUCUAUGGACAAGAAGAGAAAGAACAGAAAUGGAUCAUCUUUGAAUUCUGCUCAAUCCAAGGCUUCAAGAGAGCACAAGGGAAAGAAGCAAAAGAAAUUGGAUGGUGCCAAGAACGCUGAGGAAAAGAAAGCUAAAUCAGAUAAAAAAGACCAGGUCAAAGUUGGAGAUGAACCUCCAACAGGUUACAUUCAUGUUAGAGCAAGGAGGGGUCAGGCUACUGAUAGCCACAGCCUUGCAGAGAGGGUAAGAAGAGAAAAAAUCAGUGAGAGGAUGAAGAUGCUGCAAAGACUUGUUCCUGGCUGUGACAAGGUCACUGGAAGGGCAGUGAUGCUGGAUGAAAUUAUCAAUUAUGUCCAGUCCCUACAAAAUCAAGUGGAGUUCCUCUCAAUGAAGCUUGCUUCUGUGAACCCCUUGUUCUAUGACUUUGGAAUGGACUUGGGUGCUUUGAUGGUCAAACCAGAGAGAUUGAGUAGCAUGGCAUCACCACAUCCAUCUGUGCCACAAUGCAGCCCCACACAGCCCACACCUUUUGCUGAUACAUCUACCAACAUCACCACCAACACCACCUUCUCCACAGCUAACAACUAUCCUUUUCUGGACAGUUCAGCUUCAUUUCUACUUCAACAAGGGCAGAGGCCAAAUGACUUUUCUCAGGACAGUGAAAGCCUAAUGUGGGAUGUGGAGGAUCAAAGACAAAACUUUCUCCAUCCAUCUGGUUUCGGCAACAACUUUCAAUUAAUAUAAUCCAAGAAGCUGCCCCCACAAGCAUACGGGCAUAUGUUUGUGAGAAGACUACUGCAAAAAG